AUUCUAAUCCUAAGGUCCACAAAGUAGAGAUUUGUGUGCUUUUGAAAACUCUACUCCCUCUCCACUUCUUUACAACACAUUUUCCCGGAUUGCUUCAUCCCUUAGACGCCACUUUUUCAACUCCACCACCAACUACACUUUUCUCAAUUCCACUCCCGGUGAGUUCCCUAACGACGUCGUUUCAAUUUCAAACGCAAUCAGAACCGGUUUUGAAAUUGAAACCAAUCAAGUUUUUAUAAAUCGGUUCGAGAACUAAUUUACUACUGUAAACCGGUUUACCGGUUUGGAACCUAUUCUAAACCGGUUUCAAGAAAGCAAUUGGGGUUGGUUUUAAAAAACUGUUUCGUAAUAAUUUUGCGACGUGAGAAAAUCCUCACUCCCAUGCGAUUGCGAGGAUAAGGAUAAUGGAUUUCAUAGAUGUAGCUCACAACUUGUAUCACAUUAUUGUUGCAAUUGCAAAUCUUGUGCUUCAAUUACUAUGGUACUUUCUACAAAUCAUUGUCAGCGCAUGGUAUUGCAUAUUAGCCGUGGGUAAUUUGUUGGAAAGUUAUUUCAUCGCUUAUGGAGUAUUGAAAAAGUACAAGUCUCUUCCUAUAGAAAAGCUUCGGUACCUUGCCAUUGUCAUAGAGAGUGAAGAUGCUUAUCAGACUUCAAAAGUUGUUAAACUUUUGCAGUGGUUGGAUUCAGUUGGUGUUAAAAAUGUAUGCCUCUAUGACAUGAAUGGAGUGUUGAAAAAGUCAAAACUGGCCAUAUUUCAAGAAAUGAAGAAUGCAAAAUCCAUAGAGGAAGUGAAUGAAGCUGUGAUACACCAUGUACCAGAUCACAUGACCUUAGAAUUUGUUUCUUAUGUUGAUGGGAAGGAAGCAGUGGCCAAAGCAGCUAACUUGAUUUUUGUUGAGAAUUCAAAACGACAUGACAUAGGUGGAGAACGGGAUUGCCAGAUAUUGUUAGAGCCUCACCUGGAUCAGGCGUUGCAAAUCGUUGGUUGCAAAGGUCCUGAACCUGACCUUUUACUGGUAUAUGGACCUGUUAGGAGCCAUCUUGGUUUUCCUGCAUGGAGAAUUCGGUAUACAGAGAUAGUGCAUAUGGGAUCGUUGAACUUCAUGAGACACGGUUCCUUAAUUAAAGCCAUUUACAACUUCACAAAAGUGCACCAAAAUUAUGGUACAUAGAAAAGGAAAAGGAAAUAAAACCAGAAGCAAAUUAACUGAGCAAGUCCAAAUCAUAGGCGUGAAGAGUAGAAAAAUACAUCUUGGAGGAAGGGUUUCUUGCUAGUAAUGUGUAUAUUGUAAACUUUAUAUUUUAGAAAACAUGUAUGGUAAAGUUUAAGUACACUUUUUUAUUAACUUCAAAUUUAUUUUACAAUGUUUUUUGAAAAUUGUAAGCUUAAUGUUUUAGGGCCAAGUACAGUAGAGGUUUUGAUAAAUCAAUGUUGUUCAAAAAUGGCCUUGUUGAUGAAGCUUUCAAACUCUUAGAUGAAAUGAAACAGACAUAUUGGCCAAAGCA